AUGGCGAAUUCAAUAUCUGAUUCGGCUCAACAACCUGACCAAUACAACAAUCCUUACUUCCUCCAUGACACUGAUCAUGCUGGAUUGGUUUUAGUCUCCAAUAGGUUGACAACAGGUGUAGAAUUCAAUUCAUGGCGAAGAUCCAUGCGUAUGGCUCUCAAUGUCAGGAACAAAUUGGGUUUUAUUGACGGUACGAUCUCUAAACCAUCAUCAGAUCACCGUGAUUAUGGUUCUUGGAGUCGUUGCAAUGAUAUGGUAUCUACAUGGUUGAUGAAUUCUGUGUCAAAGAAAAUAGGCCAGAGUCUUUUGUUCAUUCCAACAGCCGAGGAAAUUUGGAAAGAUAUUAUCUCCAGGUUCAAACAGGAUGAUGCUCCGAGAGUUUAUAAAAUAGAGCAGAAGCUGAGCUCAAUUCAUCAAGGAGCGAUGGAUGUGACUGCUUAUUACACUGAAUUAGUAACUCUCUGGGAGGAGCUUAAGAACUAUGUAGAAUUGUCUGUUUGUACUUGUGGCAAAUGUGAGUGUAAUGCUGCAUUGUUGUGGGAGAAACUGCAGCAAAGGAGUCGCGUGAAAAAAUUUUUGAUGGGUUUGAAUGACUCAUAUGAAGCCACUCGCCGUCACAUCUUGAUGAUCAAGCCUAUGCCAUCUAUUGAGAAUGCUUUUCACAUGGUGACUGAAGAUGAGAGGCAACAGAGUAUUGCUAAGCCUACUCGGACUGAUGGUGUUGUUUUUCAGACUUCUGGUCCUCCUACCUAUGAUGGUCCAGUGGAUAAUCUAGCUUAUGCUGUUCAGAACUCCUAUCGUCCAAAGCAAUCUCGUCCUCUCUGUACUUGUUGUGGCAUGACAGGGCAUGUUGUUCAGAAGUGUUUCAAGUUACAUGGAUAUCCUCCUGGUUACAUACCUGGUUUCAAGAGUGUCUCUUCUGGUUUUCACUCUCACCGUAUGGCUAAUCCACAGAGUGUUCAACCGAGGGCUCAUGCAGUUGCGAAUAACACUUCUUCUUCGCCAUAUGUCCCUCCUCCGGCCUUAAAUGUGUUCAAUCUGGAUGUUAACAAGAUGACCUCUGACCAGAUGCAGACUCUGAUCCAGAAACUCUCGACACACAUGCAACUUCCAGAAAAUCAGACUCCCUCCAAGGUUUCUUCCAUUUCUGAACAUGGUGCUAUGGCUAUUCAAUCCUCUGCUGGUACUGUUCCUUUUCCUUCUUCAUCUCUUCGUUAUGAAAAUCACCACCUUACUUUUCAACAUCAGUGCUUAUCACCCCUUUAUUCCAAACUUCCACAUGGUUCUUGGAUUAUAGAUUCUGGUGCUACUACGCACUUUUGUUCUGAUUUAGCCUUAUUCAGAGAAACUGUUCAUGUUUCUGGUGUAACAGUUUCCUUACCUGAUGACACUAGGGUUGCUAUUACACACACAGGCACAGUUCAUCUCUCACAUUCACUCAUUUUGCAUGAUGUUUUACAUGUACCAUAUUUCAAAUUUAAUCUCAUCUCUGUUAGUAGUUUGUUAAAGGCUAGUAGUUGUUCUGCACAUUUCUUUCCUAAUUCAUGUUUCAUUCAGGAGUUUAUUCACGGCUUGAUGAUUGGUAAAGGCAUUCUACUGCAUAAUCUCUACAUCUUGUAA